GUCGAAGCAUGGUCGAAGUGACAGUCUGAAGACGUCUUCGACAACAAAAGUUACAAGAUAUGUUUUGUGUAGAGUGUGGUCACAAGUUUGACCACAACAAUCCCAAAUUUUGUGGGAAUUGUGGGAUAAGAAUAGGUAGCAAGGACACUGGAGAUGUUGAAAAAGAACCAUCCAUUGGUUGUGAGGUGCUCCCAGAUAUGGCAGACAUAAAAGGUGUUGAACAAAAGUUAUCCAAAGGUUGCAAAGAAAGUCUGGAGUUCCUAAAAAAGAAGUAUGGCCCUCAAAGCCUGAAGCAUAAACCAAAACCAAAACCAGAUAGGAGCAUUUCAAAAGAACUGAUUGUUCAUAUAAUGGAUGGUAAAAAUAGGGCCUUGAAGAGAGCCUUCCCAACGGAUGAUGGACUUAGUGGCUGUCUGAAAAUCCUAACCAGCUACAGCGAUAAUGCAGAAAAUUGGAUGUCCAAAAUUAGUGACAUGUUCAGAGGGAAGAUUAUUUUCCUUCCCUACAUAAUGGGAAAAUGUGGUAUUGAAGCAAUAGAGAACCCCCAACAAUUCACACUUGGUCACUUGGAGAAACUAAAAACAAAUAAGAAAUAUGUACCACUAAAGAUAUAUGCAAAGGCCAGAGGGAAAGAUAUCUGAUGAAUUUGAAGACUUUGAAGAGCUGGAUCUUGAGACCCCAAAGAAAGAGAGAAAACAUGGAAUGAAAGCAUCCACAGAAUGUUAUGAUUUGGAGCCAUCAACAUCAAAGGAAUUAGAUGGGAAAGGGUCACCACUAGGCAGUAAUGUAGAGGAACAACC